CUGUUAAGAGGCGCGUGGCCCGAAAGCUCCCCACCGAGCUGAGUGAAACUGCCCAGCCGCGCGAGCAGCCGCCGCCCACAGCCGUUCCUCGGAGAGAGCGCUGCCCGGGAGCACGCUGGGCAGCAUGGCUCAGUCGCCUGUCUUCAACAAGCCCAAAGUAGAACUGCACGUCCACCUCGAUGGAGCCAUCAAGCCUGAAACCAUCUUAUUCUAUGGCAGGAAACGAGGGAUCCACCUCCCUGCUGACACAGUUGAGGGGCUGCAGGCCAUCAUCGGCAUGGACAAGCCGCUCAGCCUCCCAGGCUUCCUGGCCAAGUUCGAUUACUACAUGCCCGUGAUCGCAGGCUGCCGGGAAGCCAUCAAAAGGAUGGCUUACGAGUUUGUUGAGAUGAAGGCCAAGGAGGGCGUGGUCUAUGUGGAGGUGCGCUACAGCCCACACCUGCUGGCCAACUCGAAAGUGAAGCCCAUUCCCUGGAACCAGAAAGAAGGGGACCUCACCCCAGAUGAGGUGGUAUCCCUAGUGAGCCAGGGCCUGCAGGAGGGGGAGCGAGACUUCAAGGUUAAGGUGCGGUCCAUCCUGUGCUGCAUGCGCCACCAGCCCGAGUGGUCCCCUGAGGUGGUGGAGCUGUGUAAGAAGUACCGGCAACAAAAUGUCGUGGCCAUAGACCUGGCUGGAGAUGAGACCAUCCCAGGAAGCAGCCUCUUCCCAAAACAUGUGGAGGCCUAUGAGGAGGCUAUGAGGAAUGGCAUUCACCGCACCGUCCAUGCCGGGGAGGUGGGCACUGCACAGGUAGUGAAAGAGGCUGUGGACAACCUCAAGACGGAGAGGCUGGGACACGGCUACCAUACCUUGGAGGAUGAGGCCCUUUACAAAAGGCUGCUAGAGAGAAACAUGCACUUUGAGGUCUGCCCCUGGUCCAGCUAUCUCACCAGUGCCUGGAAGCCAGACACGGAGCAUGCAGUGAUCCGGUUCAAAAAUGACAAGGCCAACUAUUCCAUCAACACAGAUGACCCUCUCAUCUUUAAGUCCACCCUGAAUACUGACUACAAGAUGCUUAAAGAUUUUAACAUGAACUUCACUGAACAGGAGUUUAUGAGACUGAACAUCAAUGCAGCACAGUCCAGUUUCCUCCCAGAAGAUGAGAAGAGGGAGCUUGUUAAUAUGCUCUACAAAGCCUAUGGGAUAUCACCUCCCUCCGCAGGGCAUCAUUCAUGAAGAUGCCACAGCCACCCUGCUGGAUGGAAUCAACAACUUUGUAAGGGAUAGUGUGACAUUGUGAUUAGUUCCUUUCUCCUUCCUAGAAGAUGAUUUCCACAAUCAGCUGUUGAUGUUCCAGAAGCCGGUGUGCCUGCUUCUAUACACAUAUAUACCUCAGCACAGCCAUAUCUCUCUCCACUUGAUUACACAUCCAAGCCAGGGCUCUGUGGAAUCUGAAACCUUCCUCCUAUUAAGACUUGGGCUGAAAAUCUAGUGUUCAAUAAAGAAGCCAAUGAUUGGUGUGGAGCAGCA